AUGGAACUAAAACUUGAAGGAAAUCGAGAAUUGAAAGAAAAAUAUGUAAAGUUUAUGCAUGAAUACAUCGAGUUAGGACACAUGACAUCAAAUCUGGAAGCAAUUGAAAAUCGAAAAGAACAAUAUCAGUUGUUUUUGCCUCAUCACGCGGUAAUUAUACAGGAAAGCCUUACGACUAAAGUACGAGUUGUGUUUGACACAUCAACGUCCGUGUCACUGAAUGAUACCCUCAUGGUGGGCCCUACAAUCAAUUCAGGACGAUUUAAGAGCCAUUCUAUUUAUAUUUCGUAUUCAUGCAGUCGUUAUGACAGCGGAUAUUGA